AUGUCGUCUCCAGCACCACUUCUCAGGCCGCCAGUGCCUGGUGCCCGGAACAACAGUGGUUCACGAACACCACGCCUGACCCUCGGCAUUCCGCCGUCGCCUAGCACGAAGCCCGUGAACCCUUCCAAUGGAGACUCGAAUAUAUCUGACAUCCCAUUGCCUCGACAAUCGGGUCGUCCCACCCCGCCAAAGCUCCAAUUAGCCACCCCGAUGGGCAGCAUCACUGCGUCAAGUGAACCAUCAAAGCCUCCUCCGCCUCUGGUGGGAAAUACGACCGACAAUAAUGGCCAUCUGGAUGGCAAAGCGAGCGGUCCUACCAGUGCUUCGUCGUCUUCUUACUCCGCCUUGUCUUUCGCUAUGGGGCUGCGUCAACCCCAUGGCGGAACUCCAGAUCCUUCAUCGGCUAUCAGCUCGGUAUAUUCAGACCGAGAAGGUGGCGUUGCCAUGGAAAGAGAAAACAGCCUCAACGGCCUGCUACCUGAUCUCGAGAAACUGAGUUUGGACAAGGGUCGGCCUCUCGAUGUCGAGGAUUUAGAUGACGAAGGGUGGCUAGCUGCCAGCGAACAAAAGAAAAUCGAGGAACUGGGUGGUCUUGGAGAGGGAGCCGGCGGUGCUGUCACACGAUGCAAGUUGAAAGACGGAAACACAGUUUUUGCAUUAAAGAUUAUCACUACGGACCCAAAUCCCGACGUGAAGAAACAGAUUAUUCGAGAGCUUAAUUUCAACAAGGACUGUGCGUCCGAGCACAUCUGUCGUUACUAUGGAGCUUUCAUGGACAAGUCGACAGGCACGAUUUCGAUUGCCAUGGAAUUUUGUGAAGGCGGCAGCCUCGACAGUAUUUAUCGCGAAGUGAGGAAGCUUGGCGGAAGAACAGGCGAGAAAGUGUUAGGGAAAGUGGCCGAAGGGGUUCUUAAUGGACUGACCUAUCUCCAUAGCCGGAAGAUUAUCCAUCGAGAUAUCAAACCAUCCAACAUUCUACUAUGCCGAAAUGGACAGGUCAAGCUUUGCGAUUUCGGUGUUAGUGGAGAAUUUGGGACCAAAGGAGACGCCAAUACAUUCAUUGGAACGUCCUAUUACAUGGCUCCGGAACGAAUCACCGGCCAGUCUUAUACCAUCACCUCAGAUGUGUGGUCUCUUGGUGUCACACUUCUCGAAGUCGCUCAGCAUCGUUUCCCGUUUCCAGCCGAUGGGACUGAAAUGCAACCUCGGGCUGGAUUAAUUGAUCUGCUCACAUACAUUGUCCGUCAACCUAUACCACGAUUAAAGGACGAACCCGAAAACAAUAUCCAAUGGUCUGACAACUUUAAAUACUUUAUUGAAUGCUCUCUCGAAAAAGACCCCCCUCGACGAGCCACCCCCUGGCGGAUGCUGGAACAUCCGUGGAUGCAGGACAUCAGAACAAAAAAGGUCAACAUGGCCACCUUCAUCCAAAGAGUAUGGGGAUGGACCGAUUAG